AUGUCUGAAAAUAAUGAUAGGACUGCGAACACUGGUAGUGACUCCAGAUUCUCUGGGGUUUACAGCGAUCCUAAAUUUAGGGAAACUAGAACUAAAAAGUUCAAGAUCAAAUUAGAUGAUAGGUUCAGCAAAAAAGAUUUAGAGUUCAAGAAGAAAGCGAAAGUUGAUAAAUAUGGGAGACGUAUCAAAAAUCAGGAUAAUAAGGACGAAAGAGAUUUUGACAAAUACUUCGAAAAAGAAGAAGAAUCAGUAGAGGAUGAGGAGGAGGACCCUUCUACGAAAGUUGCUCUUCUGGACAGGGCCCGUGGUGAAGUUCCUAGUGACUAUAUCUCUUCUUCAGAUGAGGAAACUUCCUCUGAAUCCUCUUCAGACUCAGAAGAUAGCGCUCUGGAAAGUGAUGAAUCAGAGGUUGAGAUUGAAGACACUAAGCCUGCUACUGGUGAUCCCACCAAAACUUUGGCCGUUGUUAAUCUGGAUUGGGACCAUGUUAGAUCCGAAGAUCUUAUGAUUACAUUCGGAAGUUUUGUGCCAAAGGGUGGUAAAAUUUUGAGCGUAGCAAUUUAUCCCAGUGAGUUCGGUAAAGAAAGAAUGCAGCGAGAGGAGGUUGAAGGCCCACCGAGAGAGAUAUUUAAAAGUAAGAAAGGCAAAAAAUCUCAAGCCAAUGAGAGCGAUUCAGAUGUUGAAUUGAAGGAUCUUUACGAGGAAGGUGAUGCCGAAAAGGAUUACGAUAUGAAGUCGUUGCGUCGUUACCAAUUGGAAAGACUGAGAUAUUACUAUGCCGUUGUUUACUGUAAUAACGUCGCCACUGCUCAGUCAAUUUACAAAAACUGUGAUGGUACGGAAUAUGAGUCAACUGCCAAUAUGUUUGACUUGCGAUACGUUCCCGAUGGGAUGAAUUUCGAUGAUGAGCCAAGAGAUACAUGUGAGGAGAUACCUAAAAAUUACACCCCUUCACAAUUCAGCACAGACGCAUUGCAGCACUCGAAGGUCAAGCUCACUUGGGAUGAAACGCCUGCUGAUCGUGUUCAAAUGUCAAAGAGAGCUUUUUCACAAAAGGAGAUCGACGACAUGGAUUUCAAAGCAUAUUUGGCAUCAGACACAGAUGAAUCUGAAGAAGAGCCAAAUGAUGACAUGAAGAAUAAGUUGAAGGCUCUUGUCAGUGAAUCUGUUCAGAUAGGUAACAAAUCCAUCUUCGACCAGACUGAGGAUCCUGAAAGUGACGUGGACAUGGAGAUUACCUUCACACCCGGUCUUGCAGAGGCCACUCAAGACAAAGAAGGAAGCGAUAACGAAGAAACUACCAUUGAAAAGGUGAGAAGGAAGGAGAAGGAGCGCCGUAAGAAGAGAAAAGAAAGGGUAAAGGAAUUAAAGAAAAAGGCUGAGGAAGAGAAGAAACAGAAAACGAAAUCAAAGAAGAGUGAGCUUGCGUCUGGAAAUGACUCUCAUAGCUCUGAGAAAACAAAAGCUGAACUUGAAUUGCUAAUGAUGAGCGAUGACGAGGACGAUAAUUCUACAUUGAAUAAAAAGGCACAUUUCAACAUGAAUGAAAUUAUCAGGUCUGAGAAAGAACAGGGCAAAAAAUCUAAGUAUCAAAAGAAGGAGAGGAUUGUCGAAGACGGUUUCAAACCCGACCUCAAUGACCCCAGAUUUAGCGAAGUUUUUGAAGACCACGACUUCGCUAUUGAUCCAUCUCAACCAGAAUUCAAGGGCACUGCAGCAAUGAAGGAAAUUUUAAAGGAACGCAGAAAGCGCAACAAAAACCACAGUAAAAAGCGUAAGGUCGAGAAUUCGACUGGGAAAGACAAUAAAUCGGAGCUGAACUCCCUCGUGGCAAAGCUGAAAAGGAAAUCCCACAAAUCUGAAAGAAAAUAG